ACAAAGAUAACAUGACAAAGGAAACUAUAUUUUCAUGGAUAUGGAAAUUAGCUCUCAAUUUACCACUGAUAAGACAGCUACUGACAACUGAAUUACUGAGCAGAUUUUUGCUUUAAUGUGUAGAGUCCGACGAACUUCAUCUUAAUAUAUUUUCCCAAUGAAUCCGGAUUACGAUUAUUUGUUUAAACUUCUCCUGAUAGGGGACUCCGGCGUUGGAAAAUCAUGUCUCCUGAUCCGCUUCGCAGAUGAUACGUUUACGGAGAGUUUCAUAAGCACUAUAGGAGUGGACUUCAAAAUACGGACCAUAAUUGUUGGGGGAAAAGUCGUUAAGCUACAAAUUUGGGACACUGCUGGUCAAGAGCGUUUUCGCACGCUAACGACAGCAUAUUAUCGAAGCGCACAUGGGAUCAUCAUGGUAUAUGACGUGAAUGAAAAAGAAACUUAUUUGCACAUUAAUCAGUGGCUGGAAGAAAUAGAAAGAUACGCUUGCGGCGGUGUAAAUAAACUUCUUGUAGGGAAUAAAUGUGACUUGUUAGGGAAACGCCAAGUUGGGUACGAGGUGGCCAAAAGUUUCGCGCAAAGACUUCAUAUUUCUUUCAUUGAAACCAGCGCAAAGGACAGAACCAAUGUUGACAAUGUGUUUUAUACAAUGGCGGAAGAACUAAGGGAGAAGCUUGGGUCACCACUUCCUUCUCCCGAUGGUGAAAGCGAAAAUUUAAGUUUGAAAGACAGUACACCGAUUAAUACAAGCAAGUGGCCGAAAUGUUGCAGUUUCUCAUGAUUGAGAAGUAAAUAUUUGUGAUGGUUACGAAUAGCACGUGCCUCGAUAUUUGCUCAUAAACAAGACAAUUACUUCAAGAGAGCUUAUGAUCAUACAUUUGUCUUCAAAGAAUAUGGUAAAAUUGUAACCUGCAUGUGUGCAGGGGUGUAUUCGAUUGGAUACGAGGGACACUGCAAAGGGGGAUAAAGAAACACUUCCUUUCAUUGCAAUUGGAAAAUGAUAUCAAGGAAAAAAAAAAGAAUAAUAUUUAAAACAUAAUUGUGGAGGGAAACUAGCUUUCAAGUAAUUUAUGCACAUGGGGAAAAAUUUCAAUUCUCUGAAUCGGGUAAAGUUUGAUUUCAACAUCAUAUUGAAAACAAAAACCCCAUUAAAAUUAACUUUCAACGCACUUUAAAACACGCCUACUACAAAACUAGUCUC